AUGAAUCGAUUCAUGCACCAGACCCGGCCUUAUCUUCUGGGCCAGCGGAAAUCCCCGUUUGCUUGGAAUGCCUGCGCGAUGACGGCUGCGACCUGGUCCAGAUCGCCGCCGUCGUCCACCUCGGGCUCCAGCGUGCUUGGAUCGCACCGCCGCCUCGCAACACACGCUGCAAUCCCCUCCUCCUCCUCUUCCUUGUCUGCCCUAUCGCCCCUCUCGGUGCCUCAACUGACGGCACCAGACCCGAGCUACGCCACGCACCGCUCUCACCUCCGGCAGGUCGCCGCCCACCUCGAGGAGCACGGCAUCCUCAAGAUCAGCCUCCGGUUUCCCGACACCAGCAGUGCCUUUCUGCACCAGCUCCUCCUGGGCCUCCACGCGCACGAAGGCCACCAGCUGCCAAUCAGCCACAGCGCGGGCCGUGGCUGGUUCUGGGAUGUGAGGCCGGUAGACCCUGCUUCCUUCUCCUCUUCAACCUCUGCCCCUUCGUCCUCGUCCUCUGACUUCUCAUCCGAGUCUCUCCCCACAGCCUACCAGUCCGGGAGCGCCCAUCAGGCACGCUCCGAGACCAUGGGCGAGUUCCCCUGGCACACGGACUGCAGCUAUGAGAACCCCCCGCCGCGCUACUUUGCACUCCAGGUGCUACAGCACGACCGGCGCGGUGGGGGCACGCUGUCCGUCAUGGACGUCAGGCGGUUGGUGAGCACUGGGGAGCACCUCUCCCCCGCGGCGCGCGCGGUGCUGGCGACGCCGCAGUUCCGGAUGGCCAUCCCCCCCGAGUUCAUCAAGGACCCCUGCCGGGACUCUAUCGUCGGCAGUCUGUUGGCCAUUGAGCCCACCGCGGCCGCCACCGCCGAGACGAGCAGACUCCUGGGGGGGCCAGGGGGAUCCCUGCCGUCGCCGUCGUCACCACCAUCAGCAGACGCCGAGUCAUCACCUGCAUCGCAUUCGGUAGCGUCAAAGUGGAUGAGGACGUCGAUGAGGUUUCGGGGCGACAUCAUCACGCCGCUGACAGACGAGGCAGCACAGGCACUAGACGAGCUCGAUGCUGCACUGUGUCGGGCGGGCGGGCAAUCGCGUUACACGAUGCACCUGUCCUCGCACGACAUGCCGACGGGCACCAUUCUCCUCGUCGACAACCGCCGCUGGCUGCACGCCAGGAACGAGGUGCGCGACGCGCAGCGCCAUCUCCGGCGUGUGAGGUGGGAUGCCGUCGCCUUCUAG